AUGAAGACCUUCCUCGUCUUUGCCCUCCUCGCCGUUGUGGCAACAAGUGCCAUUGCGCAGAUGGAUACUAGCUGCAUCCCUGGUUUGGAGAGACCAUGGCAGCAGCAACCAUUACCACCACAACAGACAUUUCCACAACAACCACCAUUUUCACAACAACAACAACAACAACCAUUUCCUCAACAACCAUCAUUUUCACAGCAACAACCACCAUUUUCACAGCAACAACCAAUUCUACCACAGGGACCACCAUUUUCACAGCAAACACAACCUGUUCUACCGCAACAAUCACCAUUUUCACAGCAACAACAACUAAUUUUACCUCCACAACAACAACAACAGCUUCCGCAACAACAAAUCUCUAUUGUUCAACCAUCCAUUUUGCAGCAGCUAAACCCAUGCAAGGUAUUCCUCCAGCAGCAGUGCAGCCCUAUGGCAAUGCCACAACGUCUUGCUAGGUCGCAAAUGUGGCAGCAGAGCAGUUGCCAUGUGAUGCAGCAACAAUGUUGCCAGCAGUUGUCACAAAUCCCCGAACAAUCCCGCUAUGAUGCAAUCCGUGCCAUCACCUACUCCAUCAUCCUACAAGAACAACAACAGGGUUUUGUCCAAGCUCAGCAGCAACAACCCCAACAGUCAGGUCAAGGUGUCUCCCAAUCCCAACAGCAGUCGCAGCAGCAGCUCGGACAAUGUUCUUUCCAACAACCUCAACAGCAACUGGGUCAACAGCCUCAAGAACAACAGGUACAACAGGGUACCUUUUUGCAGCCACACCAGAUAGCUCACCUUGAGGUAAUGACUUCCAUUGCGCUCCGUACCCUGCCAACGAUGUGCAGUGUCAAUGUGCCAUUGUACAGCUCCACCACUAGUGUGCCAUUCGGAGUUGGCACCGGAGUUGGUGCUUACUGA